UUCAUAUUUUUCAUAUCACUCGCAACAAGUAGCUUAACCUUCAGGCGGCACUACUGACGACAACAGUGGUCACGAUCAGCUCGGAGAAGGGCAAACAAGGUUUGAAGCUCAUCAGGGGAAAAAAAAUCUUAAAAAAUUAGAGCAAAUUAGGCAUCCAUUUAAAAGAGGAUGAAGAUCAUUCCUGUGAUUCUGAUCGGCUGCGGCGGUGUUGGCCGUCAGCUCCUCCACCACAUUGUAUCCUGCCGACCACUUCACGCUAAACAGGGAGUCCACUUGCGAGUUAUAGGAGUAUGUGAUAGUAGAUCACUGGUUGUUGCCUCUGAUGUGCUCACAACCGAGUUAAAUGACAAGAUUUUAUCGGAAAUUUGCCAUGUCAAGUUGGGUGGUGGCUCUUUAUCCAAUCUUAGUAAUUUUGGUGAGAGCAAACUAUUUUUCAACACGGAAGCAACUAAAAAAGUUAUUGAUAUUGCGACUCUUCUUGGUAAAGCGACAGGUCUGGCCUGUGUUGAUUGCUCUGCCAGUUCUGACACUGUUAAUAUGUUAAAGCAAGUGGUUGACUUGGGUUGUUGCAUUGUCUUGGCAAAUAAGAAGCCUUUAACUUCUACAAUUGUAAUACACUCUUAUGUCUUCAAUAAAUGCAAUGCAACUACAAUAUUUGAUUUUGGUCAAUCGAAAUCCCUAGGCUACGUGCAUGCUUUUUCUUCAUUUAAGUCUUUGUUUAGUCUACUCUUUAGAAUUUUACAAACAUUGAAUUUGGAGAUUUUGAGGAGUCAGGAACCACAAGGAACUAACGUGUCAGGUCACAGAGCCAUUUGCAAGGAUGAUUAUAACAAACUGAUUACACAUCCACGUCGUAUUCGACACGAAUCAACUGUCGGUGCUGGCCUUCCUGUUAUAGUUUCUUUGAUCCGUAUGCUAUCUUCUGGAGAUCCUGUUCAUCACAUCAUUGGGAGUUUGAGUGGUACACUUGGGUACAUAAUGAGCGAAGUUGAAGAAGGAAAGCCUUUGAGCCAAGUUGUUAAAGUUGCUAAAAGCCUAGGUUACACAGAACCAGAUCCACGUGAUGACCUCAGUGGUAUGGAUGUUGCAAGAAAGGCUCUGAUCCUUGCUCGACUUCUUGGUCAGCAGAUUAAUUUGGGUGAUAUUAAGGUCGAAAGCUUGUUUCCUAAAGAAAUGGGGCCUGAUGUUAUGCCUAUUGACGACUUUUUAAACAGUGGAGUUUUAUCACUAGACAAUGACAUUCAGGAGAGAGUUACCAAGGCUUCCUCAAGAGGAAAUGUAUUACGUUAUGCCUGUGUGGUUGAAUGCUCGAGCUUGAGGUGUGAAGUUGGACUUCAAGAGUUUCCCAGAGAAUCUCCAUUGGGAAGAUUAAAAGGGAGUGAUAAUGUGCUGGUGGUUUACAGUCGAUGUUAUAACGAACGUCCUCUUGUCAUUCAAGGCGCUGGAGCUGGUAAUGACACCACGGCAGCAGGCGUCUUAGCUGAUAUCCUUGACCUUCAGGAUUUAUUUUGAAGGGAUUUUUGUGUCAGCUUGGAUGAACCCUGAAGUUAAAACCUCCCUUUCUUGCAGUACUGUGAGUCGGUUUUCCCAACAAAAGUCCUGUGGUUCUUUGGCAGUCAAAGAAUCUUGGAGGAACUUAGAAUUGCGAAUUUUGGUAAGUCAAUAUUGUUGGUGGUGGGAACUCUCAAAACUUCUGGUUUGGAACCAGCUGUUUCCAGCUUUUUGGCGACUUUAAAACUUUAAACUGCUUCUAUUAUGAAGGAAAGAGUAUUGGAAAUUCUUGAUUCUAGUGUUCAAUGAAGCUUUUUUUAGUUUAUACGAGGGUUGAGGAUGUAGAGGGUUAAUUAUUGUUUUAAAACAAAUGUUAAAAGGCUCUUUCAAUUAAUCGAAACUAUAGGUUUAUUACCUCUUGUCAAUCUUCAA